GAAGAAAUGCAGAAGCCACAAAUCAAAUGGACAGCACUCCGAAAAAGUUUGAGAAGGUAGUCCAAAUGCCUUGACAAGAUUCAUGGAUAGCUGAUUUGAAAUCACUUUCGGGAGAGGUCAACAAUCCAGCGAGAAAAAAAAUGAGCUUCCUGAGUUUUAUUUGCCAAGCUUUUUUUUCCCGAAAUUCAUCGCAUUUACUUUGCUUUACUUCCACUGCCUCGUUUUCUUUCCCCCUCAGCCUACUUACAUGCCUUCCGUUGAAAAUGAUUUGUAUCUGGUACAGCCUUUUUUGUACCAUCUCAUGUUUUCCUCGUCUCAUUGUGAGCUCAGGAGUGUUUUUCUCGUUCGUUGUGAGCUUAGAGUUUUUUUUUAUGUUUCAUUUUCGCAAGUUUAUGAACCGCACUGAAGUUUUUUUU